AUGGAGAAGCUUCGCCGUAACCGAGCUGCCCUUCGUGGCGCCGUGACGCGGUGCCUGUCAUCCGCUACCGAACUCCUGCAACAGCCCUCAGCGGCCCCGUCUGACUUGCAGGUAACCCUGGAUGAACUUCUCGACAAGGACAGGACUCUUACCGCUUUGAAUGAUAAAGUCGCAGAGCUCAUUGACGACGACACCUACGAGCAAGAAAUCAGCACUGCUCUCGAUUACCACGAAAAAAUUUGCCGUUGCACCAAUCAGGAGAGCGCUCAGGCGAAGGGUCGGGUACCGUCAAUGCCGUUCCGAACGCUACUGCGAGCAGCUCGCGCUCAGGAACGCAACGGGUCAAUCUACCGACACAAGGGGCCGGUCUUCUCUGGUGAGCUCCGUGAAUGGCAGGGGUUCUGGGAACACUUCGAAGCAACUAUCCAUCGACGUCCAGAUCUCCCCGACAUAGAGAAAUUCCAACACCUGAAGACAUACUUGAGUGCAUCUGCAAGGCGUGCAGUCGAGUGGAUUCGCCUUAACGAAACCAACUACCCUAUGGCGAUGAGCGUGCUCACCGAGCGGUUUGGCCGUACCGACGCUCUUGUCGAUGAACAUAUUGAUAGCCUUCUUGCCAUCGCGCCUAUCUCACGUUCGUCUCAGAUAACUCGGCUCCGGGACCUCUACGAACAGAUUCGGUUCCGCACCAGCUGCCUCGAGAGUCUUGGUGUUCCUGCAGCGGAGUACGCAGUAGUUCUCCAUCGUGUCCUCAUGCGUUCCCUACCGGAAGAUAUCGCUGUUCUUUACAGACAGCGUUUGAAGACGCAAGAUAAACAAGAUGCACCGUCCAGCUCCGCAGCAGGCUCUCGUGCCGAAGAAGUGAACACUGUCAUGGAAUUUCUGAGGGUCCAAGUGGAGAGCCGAGAGGAGACCAAGGCAGUACGCGUGAAAGAAAACUCGAAUCUCGCAUCAACCGAACGAGUGCAAUCACGGAGCUCCUCCCGCCUUCCGUCUGCUUUGGCGUUAGCUACAGGGUCCGUCCCUCCCGACCAGCUCACGUGUCCUUUGUGUGACCAGUCUGGUCACACAACCCAGGAGUGCCACGCCUCCUUAUCAGCCGAUGAAAAGCGAAGGAGACUGUCAACAAGGCGUUGCUGCUUCAAGUGCGGCAAGCGUGGGCACAUGGCUCGUCAGUGCCGCACUGCAGCGACACUGAAAUGUCAGGCCUGUUCAAGCCGCCAUCUGACGGUACUGUGCGACCUAUGGAAGCGACCUGACGCAAGGUGUCCACAACCGUCAUCCGCCCUCGGGGCCUCGAACUCCCAGUCCACAUCUGGACCACAGAGCCCACAGCACGCUACAGCUACCGUGGCUGCGACUCAUACGAGCAGCGGGGUCGGUCACCCGAUAUUACUACAGACAGCGACAGUAUGGGCGUCUGGAGAGGGUGGCAACGUCAUGGUGCGACUACUGCUCGAUACCGGCAGCCAGAGAACGUUUAUGCAGAGCGAUCUUUCCCACAAGCUGCACCUUCCUUGUGAAGAACAGGAAGACCUCACCGUACUUACGUUCGGAAACACGAGUCGGCCGCGACGGUACCAUUGCCGAAGAGUCAAGCUCACUCUUAGCAGCCGAUUUACCUCUAAUGCAGUCACCCUAGAAGCGCUGGAGGUUCCAGAAGUAUGUACCGUAACAACUACCCUGGCCACGGAUCUGCCGGAACUCAGUGGGAAGAAUCUGCUCUUCGCCGACGAACCUAAUUCUUGUACGAGUGAAAACUCUGUCAUUAGCGUCCUUAUCGGCUCAGACUUCUACUGGAGCGUGGUUACGGGACGUACCGAGCGCCUCGGCGACCGCGUGUGUGCUGUGGAGACAGUGUUCGGCUGGGUAGUCCAAGGAGUCAACUCAAGUUCCAGCCUUCCAGCACCUAUGCGCGGCAACACUGUCGCACUCUUUUUAGGCUACUUCAACAUCGCUUGCGGUAACGAAAAAGUGAUAGACCCUUCGGAGAUGUGGAGACUUGAUGCAAUUGGCAUAACCGAUUCAGCUCAUUCCCAAGCUACCGAGGAGCGCACGGCAUUUGACCAGUUUCAGAGCGCAGUAUACAAGGAAGAGGGACGAUACGUCGUUCGCUUGAUGCUCAAGGCGCCCUACCUUUUGUCCACUACGAACCGAACCGUUGCUGAAGCAAGGCUACAGAGUCAACUUAAACGUUUUGAAGCUCAUCCGGACGUGCUGCGAGAAUAUGACCGCACAAUCAGCGAGUACUUCAACGAGGGUCAUGCGGAGCGAGUGGAGCCGUCGGACCAAGGUGCCCGUCAUGUGUAUUAUCUUCCUCACCACGCAGUCAUACGGCGGGAAGUGGUGACAACCAAGGUUCGUGUCGUGUUCGAUGCCUCUUCGCAUGAACCGGGAAGUCAUUCGCUUAACGAUGUACUGGACAAGGGCACAACGCUCGGUGCAGAAUUGCUGCAACUUCUUCUGCAGUUCAGGUACAAUCACAUCGUCAUGACCGCCGACAUUCGCAAGGCAUUCCUGCAAAUUCACGUCCGACGAGAAGACAGAGACCUUCUUCGUUUCUUGUGGAUCGAACGACUUCCCAGUAGUGACGAGCCUUGCCCAAACAUCGUCGAGUGGCGUAUGACGAGGGUGCCAUUUGGAGCUUCGUCGAGCCCAUUUCUACUGUCUGCAAUUUUGAUGCAUCAUCUUGAAUCUUGGAAGGCUGUUCAUCCAGAAAUCGCAUUACGUAGAUGA